UACUUGAAUUCCAAAAAAAUUUUGUUGAGCGGUUUCCAUUACCAAAUUCAAAGAUUCCAGUGAAAUGAGGGCUAGUGAAAAUUUCCCGCUUGCGACGAAGAAGAAGAGCCAGUAUUCCCCUGUUUAGUGCACUGUAAAUCUUAGGAGAUGUUGUCGGACGCCAUGGACGACGUCGAUCGAUUGUUCCAGUGCUUCAAGUGCGGCGUCUCUCCUCCUCAAUCUGCUGUAAGAGAGAGAAAAGCAAACAAACGCAGAUUGAAGCAAGCAAGUUCAACACCAGAGAUCUCUGCUCAUUCUGGCAUUAUAUCCCCUGGAUCAGCUGAAGAAAGACGGCAAAGUGCAAAACUCGUUCAGCUUGGCAUGGAAAAAUGCAGUUCAACAAUGGUUAAAGCAAACAGCUUCAACUGUGACAAGCAGAUCUCUCCAGUCAUAUUUUAUGGGUCACCACAUGGCGUGCCUCCAAAAAGACCCUCCAGUCUAUUGCGGUUGUUACGUGAAAUUCAUGUUGAUCUCACUAAUCAAAACAAAUCAAAUUUUAGGAAAGAAGUGUGGGCUACAUUUCCAAGGCAGGAUGAAGCAAUGAAAUUUGCGAAAGAGCAUUCUCAUGUUCGUAUUUUCAGCUAUCAAGAUCAUUUGAAUGGACAAAGAAGAUUCCUUGUUUCAACAUAUAGGGAUUUCUGGCUAAGGUACAAAAAAAUGAAUUCUAAAUUUCGCCAUCAUUAUGAAGUGAUUCAAGAGGGCUUACCAUGCCAUCUUUAUUUUGAUUUGGAGUUCAAUAAGAGGGCCAAUGCAGACAGAAAUGGAGAUGAAAUGGUUGAUAUCUUAAUAUCGGUCAUUUUAGAAGCCUUACUUGACAAAUACACUAUUUAUGGAAAUCGAGAAUGGAUACUGGAGCUUGAUUCUUCUACUGAAGAAAAAUUUUCUCGUCAUCUAAUCAUUCGAAUACCAAAGACUGCCUUUAAGGACAAUUCACAUGCUGGUGCAUUUGUUGGUGAGAUAUGCUCGCGGAUUUUAAGUGCAAAGGAGAGGGAUGGAAGAUUUGAAAAAUUGUUUGUUUCUAAAGAGUCAACCACUGCUGAAUUUCCAUGCCAUCUGUUUGUGGACUCUGCUGUCUAUUCUCGAAACCGUUGCUUUCGCUUAGCUCUAUCAUCAAAGGCGGGGAAGAAUUCUGUACUUCUUCCUACUGGGCGAUUUAAAUGUAAGAACACGUGUGAGGAAGACAUGUUUAUGGAAUCUUUGAUCUGCAACAUGGAUGAUGAUUGUGAGAAACUUCUAGUAUGCAAGGUGGAUCUGGAUUGUGUGAAGACCUUGCAAUUUGAUACAGAGAUAAACCAUAAUUUUGGAAAACAUUCAGUUGCUCCUCCAGAAUUCGCAUUGAAUCCCCGUACAAGUGAUAUUUCUAGGACAUAUUUCAUGGGAAAAUCACCAUUCCCAUCUUUGGAUAUAUUUGUAGAAUCUAUUGCCUCCAUUGGAAAUGUAUCAGGGAAAAUUCGCAGCUGGUAUUGGUUCUCAGAAUAUGGAUUGAUGGUCUACAGCAUGUUAAGAAAUCGAUUUUGUGAGCGGAUUGGCAGACAGCAUAAAAGCAAUCAUGUGAUGUACAUUGUUGAUCUAAAAAGGGCUGCAUAUUAUCAGAAAUGUUAUGAUCCUGAUUGCAGAGGUUAUCGAUCUCCACUGCGUCCCGUUCCAGUGGAUGCCCUCACUGAUACUGCAGUUAUGGUUAACUCAGCACAGAUGGAGCAGUAUGGAGACUCGCUCAAUUAUAACUUUGAUUGGUCAUUUGCUGAAAAUGAUCAGAAGCAUGAUCCAUUUUACAAUGAUGUAAGCAUAACGGACAGCUGUAAGAAAGACCCAUGGUGGCUGGAAGCCAUAAGAGUUGCAGAUAAUGUUGAAAAUACAAGAAGCAAUCUAGAGCUCGGAAAUAUGAAACAGGGGAAAACAGAGGAAGAUGAUGAGAGCUGGUGGAUGGCUGCGGAGCAGACUAUAUCCCAAUUAGAAGUGUCCUGCUUUCAGCAAUCCUAACCUUGUUGCUCAUCCAUGGACCUAUUGCAGAAAAAAAUGCACUCCAAAAGAGUAGAUUGUUUCACCACUCAAACUUUCAAGUCGUUUAUUUUCCCCUUUUACAGCGAAUAGAGUAUACUGUGUUAGUUUAUAGGGAAUAACCUAGUAAUGCAUUUGUGGAAAUCAAUGUAACUGUCAUUGUGAUUUUAUAAAAAUGGUUUUUUCCUGAAAACAACAAAAACAGCAAUGAAAAAGUAAGGGCGUUUAGUUAUGAAAAA